GGCUUUGCCGGCGGACGGACCACAAAAACUAGAAGAGCAAUAGCAAGAAUUUGACCGCCACAGGGCUUGAUUCCAAGUUCCCUUGGAGUUCGCAAGUUUUAAAACAAAGAUGAUGGACGCUAUAAGAAAUCUUCUUGGCAUUCCCAUUGCUCCACCUGAUCUAGCUCCUACAACCACUCUAUACAAUCCUACAUCUAAUGACAUGGAAUCUGUGGAGCGUACUGUUGGUGAUUCAGUGAGAGUUCCUGAAGUUGCUGAUGAUGGUGUUUUUAUUGAAGGUAUUGUUAAUGCCUUUCCAUCAGAUCUUUUAGUUGUUGAUACACCCGUAGAUGCAUCGGGUAAGAGAGACGUUACAAAGGAUCAAACAUUGAGCAAUGUCAUCAUCGCAUGUAGCCUUGUGUCUCCCUCCAAAACCGCUCAAGUAGCAGAUGUGAAUUAUACGCAAGCAGACAUCUCACUAUCCUUUGAUAUCAUCCAGUCCUCUCGCCAUGCGAAUAUAGUGGAGUCCGAGUAUUGGGUUUCACCGCAGGUAGCUAAGUUUGCAUUUGCUCUCCUCUCUUAUGUCCAUCGCUAUACUCCAAUUUGCAGGCUUAAUAAAGAUCUAUCAUCAAGUGGGCAUAAUCUUUGGGUCAAUAUUUUCUCUCCAGUCUCGAAGCAUGAAUGGGAGCCUCCACCUUGAGGACAAGGUGGUUUUCUAAAGGG